GGAAGCAGCCAGAAGCAUCCGGGCGUCCGCCGCACCUGGAUCCCGCGCCGUCUGCGCCUGCCUUUCGGGGAGCCGCGGGCGCUCGGGACUGAAGCCGUCGAGGGGCCACCGCGUGGAAGUCCGUGGCCUCCCCUCCGGCCGGGCUGCGAUGGCGCCUCCUUGGCCGCCAAAUGGGACCUUAUGGGGGGCUCCGGCGGCGUGGGGCGAGGGCAGUAACGGCUCGGGGGCGCCCGGCGGCGGGGCCAGCGCGCAGUGGGCCCUGGGGGCGGCGUUCAGCCUGGCCGUGCUGGCGACGGCGGGGGGCAACCUGCUGGUGAUCGUGGCCAUCGCCAAGACGCCGCGCCUGCAAACCAUGACCAACGUCUUCGUCACGUCGCUGGCUUGCGCCGACCUGGUCAUGGGCUUGUUGGUGGUGCCCCCAGGCGCCGCGCUGGUGAUGAGCGGCCGCUGGCCCUACGGCACCAUCGUGUGCGAGCUGUGGACCUCCCUGGACGUGCUGUGCGUGACGGCCAGCAUCGAGACCUUGUGCGCCAUCGCCGUCGACCGCUACUUGGCCAUCACGGCCCCUCUGCAGUACGAGGCGCUGGUCACCAAGGGACGGGCCCGAAGCGUGGUGUGCCUGGUGUGGGCCAUCUCCGCCUUCAUCUCCUUCCUGCCCAUCAUGAACCACUGGUGGCGGGACGGGGCCGACGAGGAGGCCCUGCGCUGUUACGAGGACCCCAGCUGCUGCGACUUCGUCACCAACAUGCCCUACGCCAUCCUGUCCUCCAUCAUCUCCUUCUACGUGCCCCUGGUGGUCAUGAUCUUCGUCUACGCGCGGGUCUUCGCCGUGGCCACCAGGCAGCUCCGGCUCAUCGAGAAGGACAAGGGCAGGUUCAUCCCGGACUCUGCCAAGGGCUCUCGACGGAGAAGGCCCUCUCGGCUGCUGUUGGCCAUCAAGGAGCACAAAGCCCUCAAGACCCUGGGCAUCAUCAUGGGCAUCUUCACCCUCUGCUGGCUGCCCUUCUUCGUGGCCAACAUCAUCAAGGUCUUUGCCAGGCCUCUCGUCCCGGACCAGCUCUUCCUCUUCUUCAACUGGCUCGGGUACGUCAACUCAGCCUUCAACCCCAUCAUCUACUGCCGCAGCCCCGACUUCAGGGCUGCCUUCAAAAAACUCCUCUGUUGCCUUCACAGCGCAGAUCGACGCCUCCACACUGUCUCCAAGGACCUGCACAGCUGUCCCUGCGCCUUCAGCCCCCGGGUCCUGUUGGAGAAGGAGAGCAAGCCCACGACAGGGGCUGGGGAGGAGGAAGAAGAGGAUGGGGGUUCCAGCAGCAACAGCAGCCGCUCCAGCAGUAGGACUGCAGAAACCAAUCUUUUGUGUAUGCUCAGCAAUGGGCACCACUGCCCACAGCGGCCUCUCGGGGAAGCCCAACUGCAAGGCACCCAGGUCACCUUGUGCUCACAGCUGGAAGAAUUUCCCGUCAAAGAAAUAAGGGAAGGCCAUUGAAUCUGAUGGGAGGAGUGAGCAAAGAUAAGAAUGGCUGCAACAUCCAUCUAAAUCUUAGGAGGCUGCUCUGAAGCCUUCUGAAUACUGACCUCCAAUUUAACAUCAGCGUUAACUAUAUUGAAUCCAGGGAAGAAAUGAUUCCCCUGUUGUAGAGAGGGACUUAAAAGCUGGGAUUGACUGUCCUUUGUCACAAAGUGCUCCAUCUUUAUAGAUGGCACUUCCAAGUUGAAGAAUUUUAAGAAGAUUCUACUUUCCGUCUCACAGUCAUCGGCGUUUAUGUACCAUUUAUGUAAAACCAGCCGAGUGUUAGGCAUUGUAUGGGUUAUAGGCAUCAUUCCGUUCCUUUAACCCUGUUUUUUUUCCUCCUGGGAUCGACUGCCAGUUCUGAAGGGAUGUUGAACUUGCACCUAUGGAAGUAUCUGCCCUUUGUCGGCAUUUCACUGAUAAAACUGUAGAAUGAUCGGACACUUGACAGAAUGGACAUGUACCAUUUUUGAUGCUGACUCAGGUAUUUUGAAACGCACACUCUUUUGUUUGCUUUUGCAUGACAGCCAAAUGAAAACUAACUUCUAAUGGACGAAGGAGGCUGUUCUCAAAUGCUGCUGAACCAAGAUACGCCCUUCAGUGACAAGGUGACUUUUUCACUGUCGUUUCAUUUGGUAGUGUCUGUAAAGGGUCCAGUGAAGCAACGUUCCACGCGGAGCCUUUUUAUCUCUGCAGAACUAUGUUGAGUUCUUUAUUGGAAAGAGUACGCAGCUUGCUGGGGAUAAAGUGCAGACGACUGGGAAAGGCAAUGGCGAUCCACCCAUAGUCUGCUUAGUAAACGCUGUGAUAUAAUGUCACCCCAUGAGUCAGUAAUGACCUGGUGCUUGCACAAGGAAGCAGGAUAAAGUUAGGAUUCUAAUGUAGUCUAACUAUAGGAUGGAUGGAGAUGCAAGAGGCAGGUCCUUCCUUCAUGGUGCCGUGAUGGAGGUGGAGAAGUGCGCAGAAUGUAAAGAUGUCAGCCAGAAGGAAGGAAGAUUCCUUGAGUGGCAGCCUACACAUCAAAGGGAUAUCAUCAGAGCAGCAGAAAGGAAAGAUGCUCAGGAUUAUGAACAGCCAAAAGUCUCUCUAUAGUCUCGCUCUGAAAUCUGAGGCUAAGAGACAAGAGCAAAGUCCUUCACUUCCAACAAUGUGCCCAGAGAGUCUUUCUGUAUUGCAAAUUGAUGCUUUAGCUAUCUAGUCAUCACUGUCAGAAAAAAGGGAAGUGCUGCGCUGUCAUACGUUGGUUCAUCAUAAAGGGGCUGUUGUGUUUCUGCUCUGAAUGGAAUGCAGGCAUGAGGGAAGGGCUAAAAUACCGGGAUAAUUUCUGUACUCCUUUUCUGUUUCAUGCAGGUGCUGUAUCUGUAAAGAAAGUGGUUGCAUGAUCAGAGAGCAGAUUUUUUUGACAAUCAUCGUAUUUGAACUGGGUAUAUUGUGUUUAAUGGGUUAAAUUUAAGCUGAGAUAGCUCUUAUUCCUGAAGGGGAAUUUUUAUUUUGAGUCAGAACUGCUGAAAAGAGGGGUGGUUCACCAAUACUGAACUCAGAACCGUACAACACAAGUUGAGAAGACACAAUAUUUCAUUUAACUAUUCAGUAACUGCCGCUUCUGAAUCUGGCUUUCAGCCAAAGCAUCUUACUAAGAGCUUUGCACAUUAUAAUUGGCUUAUGAUUUACUCUUUUCAAAAGAAAAGCCCUUCUAAUUCCCUGUUCAGCCUGAGGAAUUCUGAGAUAGGGCCUGAUUUUUCUAACUGCAUCUUACUCUUUCUUUUUACGCAGCUGUUUCUGGUAGCGUAACUAUUUCCAGUUUAGAAUCAAGUCCAGUAGCACCUUUGAAACCAACAAGAUUUUGGGGGAGUGUCAAAGUUUCCAUCAGCAGAUACCUGUGUGCUUCCACCGUCCAUUCUCCUGAUUGGCUGGUUCACUGCUGAGUGGUGAUUGGUUGGUAAGAGACUCCUGGAGGCAGAGUGUGGCUUUGAUUGUCAUGGGGCAAAAUGUCACCAGAUGCUAGUUUUCGUGUAACUAUGUUUCCAUGGUUGGGAAACUGCACCUCUUAGAUUUCUGUCAUGCAAUUGCUGAAGCUAGAAAAAGAAAACAAUAUUGCAGCCCUGUCCUCAAAGAGGUUUUGUACUACAAGUCUUCUUGGGGACUGGAUCACUUGCUCUUGAUACCACAACUUCCCAGGUCUAGGGAUAAUCAGUGCUGUGUUUGCGUGACUUCAAGAGGGAGGGGGAGAUACACCACAAAUCCACUCACCCAGGCCUCUUCAACAAGAAGGCCAUAUUGAGUUGAUCUCUUUGCCAAUCGGAUUUCCUCUUGAUCAGUAGUGUGGUUGAAUGCAGAGGAGGACAGAGGUGCUGUACUUCUAAACCGUCAUGUAGAUAGGAUGUCUUGACAUGUGCAACUUGUCAUGCUGGCAAGUGAAAGACUGCGUGUUCUGCAAAAUUCACUCCUCUGCAACCUGCUUGCAACCUGGCCUCCUUGGUAACUGGUCAUCUUGUCCCGUGGAUUACUAUAGAAAAACAAAGCUAAGGGGUAUCCUUUGUAACUUGAAUAUUCAAAUUUGAUCUUUCGAGAUACUGAAUCCCUUGGCUUUCAGCUCUGGGACAGGUAGAAACUUUUCCGUGUAAUCCCUAAAACAGUUACUGAGAGAAGAGUAAUUGCAGGAAUUAUCUACCUCAGAAGCCAUGCUUUUGGCACUCAGCCAAGGCAGAGCUUAACUUUCAAUUUUCCUUACCCUUUCAGUUUUCAUAUUUCAUUUAAGGGAACAUUUCAUCAAGAUGUAGGAAUAUCCUUUGGUGAACCUGGACGGCUUUCCUUCUCACAGCCAACUAGCCAGUGAACAUUUAUAUCCAGAUCACCAAAAGCUUCAUCCUUAGAGACUCAGACAAAGCGAAGUUUUUGUCUAGUGACUCUAGCCAGUUGUCAACCUGACAAGGAAGCUGUCUCUCAGCUUUGCUGAAAUGAAUGGAAGAAUGAGUGGGAUGUGGUGCUGUUUAUUCAGAAUUAAUUCUUCUAUGUUCAAUGGGCCUUACUCCUAGGUGAGUCAGUGUGCCUUGGACUGCACCUUAAGGGAUCACCAUAACCCUGGUGUUUUGCAGCAAUGAUUCAGCAGAUCAAGCCAGCAAUUAACACACCUCAAGCAGGUAUAACAUACAACACUUAGUUCAGGCCGUCAAGUCCUGUAAAUGUCACAUUGUAUUUAAUUAAGCUCUUGAAUCUGACUCCUCUCCAGUUACACAAUGCCUGAGACUGUUGCAGCCUGGUAUCUGCAAGGUAACUGAAGAGAAGAAUGCUUUUUGAGCAUGUGCAGAGAAUCCUUUCUCCCUUUACAGCAAGUCACCACGCUUCUAAGCACAUAAGGUGGGGAGAUCCUGUCUAGGUAAAUAAAGGGAAAGCAUCUCUCUUUAAAUGGUCUGAGGCAUGAAGGGAUUUGAUUCCCGUUCCAUUUGUUCCCCGGCCCAGCCUUUUCCGGUGCUUGUGUGAGUCUUUUGCAUGUGCCGCAGCAAGCAGGGAAAUAAAUUAAACACAGGCAGGGGAGCUAGUGCAGAAUAUUUAAAGGGACUGCUCCAGGUUGUGAUCUGACAAACCUGAGCCUGGGAACUUUCCUUGCUGCAGAUGGGAAAAUUGGCUCCAGCAGUUGGGUAUUUUGUCAUCGCAGCCUUGGCUAAAGUCCGUCAUCAGCUUCUCACAUUUGAGUGCCUGUAUCUUUUCUAAUUGUGCAAAAUGCUGGAAUUUGUCCUGUUUUUUCUUUGAUGUGUUUUGCCAGCAUGGUGCAUGGGUUAAGAGUGGUGCACUCUAACCUGGAGAACCAGGUUUGUUUCCCCACUUCUACACAUGGAGCCUGCUGGGUGACCCUGGGCCAGUCAGCUCCACUUACCGUACCUCACAGUUUGUCUGUUGUGAGAAGGGAAGGCAAUUGAAAGUUGCUUUGAGACUCCUUACAGUUGUGAAAAGCAGAAUAUAAAUCCAACCUCCUCCUCCUCUACCACCUUCUUCCCUGCAAUGCAGGGGCCCAUCAGGUUGCAUCUACCAACAUUGAAUGAUUUGUCUGGCAUCAGCUACACAUUGGCAAAGCACCCAAAUGGCUGUUCUUAGGACUUCAUCAGUGACUGUUAGGGUUGCCAAGAGGCCCAGGGGAAAAUGUCUUUCCCUUUAUUAGAGGCUGACUGGGUAGAAAAGGGCAGCUGAAGCGUUUCAUGGCACAUACAUUACAUCACCUGGAAAAUAGCAGCCAAUUAAGCCUCUGUUAAAAGGACAGGACAUUUUAUCCCCAGGUCUGUUGGCAGCCAUAGUGACUGAACCAAUACAAGCUAGAACCUUUCAUCUACAUUCCUGAUGGAAUCAAAUGAGGGAGAAUGCAGAACUGUGAUUGCACCAGUACCCCGAGAAGCCAUCAUGGGUCUCUCUCUCUCUCUCUCUCUCUCUCUGAAUGUUAUUGGAGGAGGAGGAGGAAGAAGAACAGUUUGGAUUUA